AGCGGCCGGGGAGGCGGCGGACGGGCACGGGGGCCGCGCGAUGUCGCACGGAGCCGGGCUCGUCCGCACCACGUGCAGCAGCGGCGGCGGACCGGGGGCCGGCGCGGGGCAGCCGGGCGCGAGGCCCUCGGAGGGGCUGCUGGACCCCGUCUACCCCCGCACGUACUCGGCCCUGCUGAAAGUGGCGCAGAUGGUCACGCUGCUGAUCGCCUUCAUCUGCGUCAGGAGUUCUAUGUGGGUCAGCUACAGCGCCUACAGCUACUUUGAAGUGGUCACCAUUUGCAACUUGAUAAUGAUCCUCGCCUUUUAUCUGGUGCACCUCUUCCGCCUCUACCGCUUGCUCACCUGCAUCAGCUGGCCGCUGUCGGAACUUCUGCACUAUUUAAUCGGUACCCUGCUCCUCCUAAUCGCCUCCAUUGUGGCAGCCUCCAAGAGUUACAGCCAGAGCGGACUGGUAGCUGGAGCGAUCUUCGGUUUCGUGGCCACCUUCCUCUGCCUGGCGAGCAUCUGGAUGUCCUACAAGAUCUCGUGUGUGACCCAGUCAGCAGAUGCAGCUGUGUGAUGCCAGCCCAGGCCCGGCCCCGCGGGAAGCCCUGCGCACAGGAGGGGGAGUGAAGCCGCCUUAAGUCCUCUUAGAGAAACCAAGCCAUCUCCUAAUUUAUCCAGCUUGGAAAGCCUCUCUCUGGAGAGAGCCUCUUCCUUAAGUGAGGCGUGUCUGCAGAAGCACUCUGUGGUCAGCCUGUCCCCAGAGAGGAGAUCCCGGCUCCUUUCGGGCUUCAGCCUUAAUUUCUAUUGUGUGUGUGUCUGUGUGUUUGUGUGUGUGUUGUAUGUGUGUGUCGGUGUGUGGGCGUGUGUGUGUUUUGUAAUAAAAUAUUGACUUGGCCAAUUGCACAAGGAUUUCUUAUUAACUGAGGCUGUCGACCAGGAGUAAAGUGAUGGGGCCCACAAAGCUCGUGGGGACGCCUGGGGGCCCGCUCCUGCGUGUGCA